ACACGAUGACCGCGACUAUCGGUACUUUCUCUCUCUAAAAAAAACAAAUCCAACGUCUCCGUCUCUUCUUCAAACGCGUCUUCUUCUCUAUUUUAACCCUCUUUCAUCGUCUCUUUCGCUUUUUAUAGGUUUUGAUUUGUAUUAGUAAUCAUCUUGCUAAUCUUUCCCCCUCAUUGAUCUGAAAUCGAAUGAUGGAUUAUUAUUCUACUCCAAGCUUUUGAAAUAAGGAACCCUAUUUCUUUCAUCUAAUCCUCGAUUUCAUCAGAUUAAUGUUGUUUACAUUUGUGAAUGCGUGUUUGAAUUCUGAAUCCUGGGUUUGUGGAGUUGGAAUUGAGUCUGACAAGAAGAUUGGGUUUCUUCAUAAUAUAGUUAUAAGCACUGAUUUGAUGAACGAUUUGAUAGCUGGUUCUUUUGGUUGAGACAUGUGAAUUAUGGUAUCUACAACAUUUAGGAGAAUUGUAUCGCCUUGUUGGAGACCUUUUGGUAUUGGAGAAGAUUCUAGUCCUGGUAGUGAUGAUACGAAUGGCCGUCUCGAUGGUCUCUUGUGGUACAAAGAUUCUGGGAACCACAUCACUGGAGAGUUUUCUAUGGCAGUCGUUCAAGCUAACAACCUUCUUGAAGAUCAUAGCCAGUUAGAAUCUGGUCCUAUUAGUUUGCAUGAGUCUGGACCUGAGGCAACUUUUGUUGGUGUUUAUGAUGGUCAUGGAGGUCCCGAGGCUGCUCGGUUUGUAAACGAUAGGCUCUUUUAUAACAUCAAGAGGUACACAUCAGAACAGCGAGGGAUGUCGCCUGAUGUUAUCACCAGAGGGUUUGUAGCAACAGAGGAGGAGUUUCUCGGUUUAGUGCAGGAGCAAUGGAAGACCAAGCCACAGAUUGCUUCUGUGGGAGCUUGUUGUUUGGUUGGUAUUGUUUGUAAUGGAUUGUUGUAUGUUGCAAACGCAGGAGAUUCUCGGGUUGUGUUAGGGAAAGUCGCAAAUCCGUUUAAAGAGUUGAAAGCUGUUCAGUUAUCAACAGAGCAUAAUGCAAGUAUCGAAUCUGUGAGAGAGGAGUUACGUUUGUUGCAUCCUGAUGAUCCGAAUAUCGUGGUCUUGAAACACAAAGUUUGGCGUGUUAAAGGGAUUAUACAGGUCUCAAGAUCCAUUGGUGACGCAUACCUUAAAAGAGCGGAGUUUAAUCAAGAACCGCUACUACCUAAGUUUAGGGUUCCAGAACGUUUUGAAAAGCCGAUCAUGAGAGCGGAACCGACUAUAACAGUUCAUAAGAUUCAUCCGGAAGAUCAGUUUCUUAUAUUUGCCUCGGAUGGUUUAUGGGAGCAUCUAAGCAACCAGGAAGCUGUUGAUAUUGUCAAUUCUUGUCCACGCAAUGGUGUGGCUCGGAAGUUAGUGAAAGCUGCAUUACAAGAAGCAGCAAAGAAGAGAGAGAUGAGGUAUUCUGAUUUGGAGAAGAUAGAACGUGGCAUUCGGCGACACUUUCACGACGAUAUUACCGUUAUUGUUGUCUUCCUCCACGCUACAAACUUCGCUACUCGAACUCCGAUCUCUGUCAAAGGAGGUGGUCUCCUCUCAGCCCAUAAUCCCGUUUUAUAGAUCAUUUUUUUUCUCCUUAUUUGAACCAGAAUUUGAUUUUGUUUGCUUCUUUUGUUACAAAAUUGUGUGAAAAUCUUACUUCUUUAAUUAUUUUCUGAUCGAAAAGUGUAAAUUUCCUCUCUUUUUUCCUCAAAUCUCAAUUGUACUUUCUGUUUACGAAAUAGUGAAACAGAAUCGAACCAACAUUCAUCAAUCUGAAUUUGAACCGAAUUUUACUCUUAUACCGAAUUUAAACCGAA